AUGCUCCGAAUGAGGGAAAUAACUAGAGUAAUACCAACAAUGCUGUUCGCUAGGCAUGCAUUUCGAGCCGCACCCACUAUUUGCAAGUUAUCUACCAGUAUUCAGUUGUCAACAGCUUCCACUUCUUAUCUACCUCCAGCUCCAUUACCACCACCAAAGGAAAUUGUUUUAAAUUCUUUGGGUGAACCAACUCUUGCCUCUCUGGGUUUGAAUAGCUAUUGGCCUUCAGGGUGGUAUCAAAGUCUGUUGGAGGCUUUACACGUCCAUUUAGAAUUGCCGUGGUGGGUUGCAAUUACUACCACAACUGUCAUAAUACGUUUGUGUUUGUUUCCACUCAUGGUUCGCCAACGACGUAAUUUGGCCAAGUUCACUGACGCGAUGCCUCAGUUCACAAUUUUACAAGAACGUCUGACGCACGCCAGACUUUCAGGAAAUUAUAUUGAAGUCAUGCGUACUUCUCAGGAGAUGCAGAAAUUUAUGUCAACAAACAAUCUGAAUCCACUACAAAGCUUCAAAUAUAUCUUUGUCCAAGUUCCAAUUUUCCUCUCCGUUUUCACAGGAAUUCGAGGAUUAGUUAAUCUGCCAGUUGAAAGCAUGCAAACAGGAGGAAUUGGUUGGUUCACUGAUUUAACAAUUGCCGAUCCAUAUUACAUCUUGCCGAUUAUGUCUAUGACCACACUGUUAGUGACAUUCGAGAGCGCUGCUGAAAUGCCUUCGCCUAAUGUACAGCCAAUUGUACGAGUUAUUAUGAGGGGUGUACCUGUUAUUGGUUUUUUUUUCGUGAUGAAUAUGCCGUCUGCUUUGGUAUGGUACUGGACAGUAAGCAAUAUACUUGCCUUCAUCCAGACAUUAGUUUUGCGUCAGCCGGCUGUUCGUUCAUUUCUUAACAUACCUGUUCCUCGAACACCCCCAGUACUUCAAAAGAAACGUGGUUUUCUUGAUGGUUUCAAAGAAUCAAUGAAUAACUCUCGCCUAAUUACUGAGAUGGAGACAAGAGAACGAGUAAAUGCGAAAACUUGGCAAAAGGCUGGUCUUAAAGGCGCUCCUACUACAUACAUGUCUGAUCCGACCAAAUCUACUUCCCAACCAAAAACAGUUUCCGCUCCCGGUAGAAUAAUUGAUGUACAGUUAGAUACUAAGAAAAAAGCUGUUGGACGUUGA